UCCUGCGCGCUCUGACGCACGCGAGAAAGAGCGGGAAUCUCUACAUUCUCCUGCACGCGGAGUCCGAGUGGAGCGCAUGUCACGUCACCAGCAACGGCAGCUUUUACACAGCGGCUUCAGUGCGCCCUCAGGUGAAGAAACCUUCAGCUUAUUCCGUCGUUUGCCAGUUUUUCUGAGGAAUAAGUGGGCUUUUCCUGUCAGAGUAAGUGAGGAAUACUGAAGUGGCGUUAGCUGUGGGAAAGUUAGGCGAGUCGUGGCGAGAGCGGGUGAGCUAUGGGGACUCUGCGGGACCUGCAGUAUGCCUUACAGGAGAAGAUCGAGGAGCUGAGGCAGAGAGACGCGCUCAUCGACGAACUGGAGCUUGAACUGGACCAAAAGGACGAGCUCAUUCAGAAACUCCAGAACGAGCUGGACAAGUACCGCUCGGUGAUCCGCCCGGCCACGCAGCAGGUCCAGAAACACAGUGAACUGCAGGAGCAGCAGCGCACCAAGAGACAGGCGAUCUCCGCUGAGCCAACCGCCUUCGACAUCCAAGAGCUCAGCCACGUUACUCUGCCCUUCUGCCCCAAGAGCGCGAAGUCCAAGGAGUUGAUCAAAGAGGCAAUCUUGGACAAUGACUUCAUGAAGAACCUGGAGCUGUCUCAGAUCCAGGAGAUCGUGGACUGCAUGUACCCUGUGGAGUAUGGCAAGGACAGCUGCAUUAUUAAAGAGGGCGAUGUGGGCUCCCUUGUCUAUGUUAUGGAAGAUGGAAGGGUGGAGGUGACAAAAGAAGGCUUGAAGCUGUGCACCAUGGGACCUGGGAAGGUGUUUGGAGAGCUAGCCAUCCUUUAUAACUGCACCAGGACAGCUACAGUGAAAACUUUAACCAAUGUGAAGUUAUGGGCCAUCGACAGGCAGUGCUUUCAGACCAUCAUGAUGAGGACCGGACUGAUCAAGCAUGCAGAAUACAUGGAGUUUCUAAAAAGCGUUCCAACAUUCCAUGGCCUUCCAGAAGAAAUACUAAGCAAGCUGGCAGAUGUCCUUGAGGAGACACAUUAUGAGGAUGGGGAUUACAUCAUCAGGCAGGGAGCAAGGGGAGACACUUUCUUCAUCAUUAGUAAAGGAAAGGUGACAGUGACCCGAGAAGACUCUCCCAGUCAGGAGGCGGUGUACUUGCGAUCUCUAGGAAAGGGCGACUGGUUUGGUGAAAAAGCCUUGCAGGGAGAGGAUAUCAGGACAGCCAAUGUCAUCGCUGCAGAAACCGUAACCUGCCUUGUAAUUGACAGAGAUUCUUAUAAGCACCUUAUUGGAGGUUUGGAGGAUGUGUCCAGCAAAGGAUCUGAAGAUGCAGAAGCCAAAGCAAAAUACGAGGCAGAGAAUGCUUUCUUCUUCAACCUGCACCUGUCGGACUUCAACAUCAUAGACACUCUUGGAGUUGGAGGAUUUGGACGUGUUGAGUUGGUGCAACUGAAGAGUGAUGAGUACAAGACAUUUGCCAUGAAGAUCUUGAAGAAGCGCCACAUUGUGGACACCAGACAACAGGAGCACAUUCGCUCAGAGAAACUCAUCAUGCAGGAAGCUCACUCUGACUUCAUUGUGAGACUCUAUAGGACAUUCAAGGACAGUAAAUACCUGUACAUGCUGAUGGAGGCAUGUCUGGGAGGAGAGCUGUGGACCAUCCUGAGAGACAGGGGUUCAUUUGAUGAUUCCACUACGCGAUUCUAUACAGCGUGUGUAGUGGAGGCUUUUGCCUAUCUGCAUUCCAAAGGCAUCAUUUACAGAGACCUCAAACCAGAGAACCUGAUACUGGACCACAGGGGCUAUGCCAAGCUGGUGGACUUUGGCUUUGCUAAGAAGAUUGGAUUUGGGAAGAAGACAUGGACAUUCUGUGGGACGCCAGAGUAUGUGGCCCCAGAGAUCAUUCUUAACAAAGGUCAUGAUAUCUCAGCAGACUACUGGUCCCUGGGCAUCCUCAUGUAUGAACUGCUGACUGGGAGUCCUCCUUUUUCAGGCCCUGACCCCAUGAAGACUUACAACAUCAUCCUAAGAGGCAUUGACAUGAUUGAAUUUCCAAAGAAAAUUACCAAAAAUGCUGCCAAUCUAAUUAAAAAGCUAUGCAGGGACACUCCGUCUGAAAGACUAGGAAACUUGAAAAACGGUGUCAAGGAUAUUCAAAAGCACAAAUGGUUUGAAGGCUUUAACUGGGAAGGCUUACGGAAGGGAACACUAGCACCUCCCAUCAUCCCCAAUGUAACAUCAGCCAUAGAUACAAGUAACUUUGACAGCUUUCCCGAAGACAAUGAAGACCCUCCUCCUGACGACAACUCUGGCUGGGACAUAGACUUCUAAAGCUUCUACACACACUCUCUCGUUUAUCACACACCAAACAAAAGACCUGCUCCACUGUUGCCUGGAACAGAGCUGCUUCUUUUGGAAAGGCUGCAUUAAGGACUGCUUGAGGAGAAAAAGAACAGACUGAGAGAGUGGAAGAAGAAAAACUUUUGUUUUGAUUAGCCUUGACUGUUGCAAUAGAGAAAUUAAAGUUCCUAUGGACUUAAGCUACAAGGGAAUCGGAGCUUUCAGCGCUCUACUACACAAGUCCCAACACUGGGGGAGGAGGGGGGGAGCAUAAUUCAUAUUGUGUGUGUGCGUGUAUGUGUGUGUGCUGUCACCCUGGUGUAUGUAUGUGUGUACUUGCCUCAAGCCCUUCUUAUCAUGUUAUAAUGGAGAUAUAUUGCAGCAGAUUGUGACCUCACUCACUUGCUUUUUGCCCCAGAUUGGCUGCAAACUUUUUAUCUUCCAAACCUCGUGCGGACAAGUAUGUAAUAGAGAUUUGGAUUAAAACGCUGUAUCUCAAAGCCAGGAUUCAGGGCGUCCACACACACCUGAAUGUUAUUCUUAUAGCUAAUGAGGCAUUCUCGAACGUGUACAUAGUAAUAUAUUACCCCAAAAAACGUGCAACAUUAGCUGUUUAUCCUUAAAAAGCACAACAUUUUGUUGCAUUUAUAAUAAUGGCUAGGUAAUAGACUUCAGAAGUGCCCUGUGCAGACAUUGCAUAAGUAUCCCUCUUCUUUGUUCCUUACAUUUCUGUGUGUGAUAAAAUGGCAGAUGGCCAUUUUGGCUGAUGUGGCCAACCCAGGGCUUGUGCAAAUGUUUGAUUUAUCAGAAACUCCUAAUGUGCCUCAGAUUCACGACACCGUUUAUAUAAAAAAUCCGAAGGC